CCAGCAUGCCCCGCGCCGCCCCGCCCCCUGCCGGCCCCAGCCUGCUGUUGUUGUUGGAGCCCAGCUGAUUGCUCCGCGGUCGAGGAUGGCAGAGGCAUCGCCCAGCAAGCCGGGGGCCCUACCCCACGGCCCCAGCCCCGUCCCUGUAGCCUUCCUCAACGUGGCACACUCCUACGUGCCCGGCACCAAAGUGGAGUGCCACUACACCCUGCCGCCCGGCACCAAGCCCUCCGCCAGGGACUGGAUCGGCAUCUUCAAGGUGGAAGCGGAGUCUGUGAAAGAUUACUACACCUUUGUGUGGUGCCCGGUGCCUGAGGGGGGACCCACGGGGGUGCCCCUCCACUCCAGCGUCCAGUUCCAAGCCAACUACCUGCCCCCACCAGGGGCCCAGCAGUACCAGUACCGCUAUGUGGACCGACGUGGGGAGGAGCGGGGACGCAGCAGCCCCUUCCAGUUCAGCGAGCCCCGGCCCAUGGAUGAGCUGGUGACGCUGGAGGGGGAUGAGGACGGCAACAUGGACAUGCUGCUGGUGGUGCCCAAGGCCACCCUGCUGCAGGUGGGCAUGAGGGACAUGGGCUCCUCCUCGCCUGGCCCCUCCGCUUUUAUACCCAGGGAAGGGGUGGAGCCUGGAGCUAGCCCCUCCCUCCCCAAGCUUGCCUCCCCACCCAGCAAUCCCCCUACCAGGGCUGUGACAGAGGAGCGAGAUGCGCUGAGCCAGCAGCAGGCCGGGCACCUGGCUCGGAUCCGCACACUGGAGGAGGACGUCCAGGCCAUCAGCGCCAAGGUGCUGCAAAAGGAGGUGGAGCUGGACAGGAUGAAGGACACGGUGAAGGCGAUGAUGAGGGAGCAAGAGCGGAUCCACCACCAGCUGAAGGAGGAGAGUGCCGAGAAGGAGCAUUACCAGGUAAAGCUGCAGGGCUCAGAGCAGGAGGGCGUGUGCCUGGUGGGCCAGCUGCACCGGGCCGAGGCCCAGCGCGCCGCCGGCAUCUCCCAGGCCCUGGCACUGAAGCAGGACAUCAACAAGCUGCAGCAGAAGCUGGCAGCCGCGCAGCAGAGGACGGCCCAGCUGGAGGCACUGAGUGAGCAGCUCCGCUGCACCCAGGACCUGCUGGCUGCCAGCCAGCAGAAGGUGGCACUGCUGGGCGAGGAGCUGGCCAGCGCCGCCUCCAUCCGCGACCGCACCAUCGCCGACCUGCACAAGAGUCGCCUGGAGUCGGCCGAGACCAACAUCAAGCUGGCGGACAUGACCCUCAAGUGGAAGGAGGGCAAGGGGCAGUGGGGCAAAGAGAAGAGCAGCCUGCUGCAGAGCAUGGAGGCGGAGAAGGACAAGAUCCUGAAGCUGAGUGCUGAGGUGCUGCGGCUGGAGAAGAGCCUGCAGGAGGAGCGGGCCCAGAAGCAGGCGCUCAAGGCCGAGCUGUCCCGGGAGAGGGAUGCCAGCCUGGUGCAGCUGUCAGAGACCAAGCGGGAGUUGAAGGAGCUGCGAGCUGCCCUGACAGUGUCGCAGAAGGAGAAAGAGCAGCUGCAGGAGGAGAAGCAGGAGCUGCUGGAGUACACGCGCCAGCUGGAAGAGAGGCUGGAGAAGGUGGCUGAUGAGAAGUGGCGCGAAGUGGCAGUGCCCGAGGAUGAGGAGGAGGCGGCCGUGGCUCUGGCCUCCCUGGAUUCUCCGCUCUCGGACUCCGAGGACGAGUCGCCCGAGGACCUGCGGCGCCAUCCCCAGCUGAGCCCUUACAGCCUGUGUGACCAGCGAGCGGCCCCUGGCACCCCGCCCUGCCCGCGGGAGCCCGCCCCCCCCGUGGUGAUCAGCCAGCCCACCCCCAUCACCACCCACAUUGCCCAGCCCACUGAGGACAGCAGCUCUGACUCGGAGGCGGAGGACGAGAAGGCCGUACUGCUGGCAGCCGUGCAGAGCGGAGGGGAGGAGGCCAGCCUGCUGCUGCCGGACCUGGGCAAUGCCUUCUACGAGGUGGCCAGCGGUGUGACAGGCCGGCAGCAGGGGGAGCGGGCGCCCACGGACCUGCCAGCCUCCCCCGGGCUGUGGCGUGAGUGCCCCAUCUGCCGGGAGCGAUUCCCGCCCGGGUGUGACCGCGAGGCCCUGGAGGAGCACGUGGACGGGCACUUCUUCUUCAGCGCCCACGACCCCUUCACCUUCGAGUGACACCCAGGGGCCACCCCUGCCCAACGGGGAUGGGGGGUCGCACUGCCCAGAGGGCUGGGGUGGGUCGGCCUUGGGCCCCCCUCCCCUGCCAGCUGGCACAGGCUGAUCUCCUGGGUCCCUCGGGGCUCUGGGUCAGGAUGAGGGGAGUGGGGGAGCUGCUGAGGGGCUCCACUGGGGGGGUUUUCCCCCCCCAUGCCAGCCCCUGGAAAGCCCCCAAGCUGCUUCUGGCUGAUGCCAGGGUGGGGACCCUGCUGCUGUCACAAGCGUCCCCCCCAGCCCCGGAGCCACAUGGCCGAUGCAGCUGGUGCCCCCUGGGUGGGCAGGAGAGAGGCUUUGGGCCCUGGCACACAGUUGUGUGUGUGUGCACAAGUGGGCCUAUGUGUGCAUGUGCAUGUAUGCACACAAGUGGGCCUGUGUGCAUGUGUGCUCACAAACAGCCAUGUAUAUAUGUGUGUGUGUGGGCAAGUGGGCC